AUGCCCAUGGCGUCCCCCCAAACCCUGCUCCUCUGCCUGCUGGUCCUGGCGGUCACUGAAGGCCAGGGUCAACAGGCAGCCAUCCCAGGCUGCUACUUGCACCCCUUCAAUGUGACGGUGCGAAGUGACCGCCAAGGCACCUGCCAGGGCUCCCACGUGGCACAGGCCUGCGUGGGCCACUGCGAGUCCAGCGCCUUCCCUUCCCGUUACUCGGUGCUGGUGGCCAGUGGCUAUCGACAUAACAUCACCUCCGUCUCUCAGUGCUGCACCAUCAGCAGCCUGAGGAAGGUGAAGGUGCAGCUGCAUUGUGGGGGGGACCGGAGGGAGGAGCUGGAGAUCUUCACGGCCAGGGCCUGCCAGUGUGACAUGUGUCGCCUCUCGCGCUACUAGCCCAUCCUUCUCCCGCCACCCUCCCCUUGGUCAGAGGGUUUAAUGUUGGAGUAUAUCCUACAUAUCCUGAACCUCAGCAAGGACAACAGCUCCAACCCUGUGAGAAGAGGGGCGUUUCUGCCUCUUCCCCACCUCUGCCUGGCUUCCUAACCAGUCCUUCAUCAUUUCAUCUCCCUCUUUGUCCUAAAUAAAG